CACACUAAAAUGCUCAUGGCCAGGAUGCUCGUCCUCGUCAUGUCAAUGGCAAUGUGUGUUUUAUUCUGUUGUGCAUGUGCAAUCUGCAUUCUACCAUAUAUAAAAAAGAAAAUAAAAUCAGUACAUCUUGCCACCACAGGGAGGGAGUUCUAUUUAAGAAGCCACCCACCACACACACAUGGCAGUGCACCUCAAGAAGCAGAGCACCACAGGGUAGCUAGGCUAGCAGUAACAAUGGCGAUGGCAAGGGUGCCCAUCCUCAUCGCGGUGGCUCUCGUGGCCGCAGCGGCCUCGUGCAGCGCCUGGGAGCCCACCAUCCGUAUGCCGACGGCGGAGGCUGCGGCUGCUGCGGUCGACGAUGCCGUGGCGCCGCUCAUCCACGCGCUGCGCCCGCUGCUGGGCUCCAGCGGAGAGCUCGGCAGCCGCGGCGGCGUGCCGUGCGACAGCUGGAGGCUAGGCGUGGAGGCGUACAACGUGCGUGACUGGAAGACUGUCCCUGCCAACUGCGAGGGCUACGUGGGGCACUACAUGCUCGGCAGCCACUUCCGGCGCGACUCCAAGGUCGUCAUCGACCAGGCCAUUGCCUACGUCGACAGCCUCAAGCUCGCUGGCAACGGCAAGGAGGUGUGGGUCUUCGACAUCGACGAGACCACGCUCUCCAACCUCCCUUACUACGCCACGCACGGCUUUGGGGCUAGGCCAUACAACGCGACGAGCUUCGACGCGUACGUGCUGGAGGGGACCGCGCCGGCGCUGCCGGAGAGUAAGCGGCUGUACUACAAGCUGCUCAAGGUCGGCAUCAAGCCGGUGUUCAUCACAGGCCGGACGGAAGACAAGAGGGCGAUCACCGUGGCCAACCUCCGCAGCCAGGGCAUCUCCGGGUGGAUGAACCUGACGCUCAAGCAGCCCGGGUUCCAUGGCUCCGCGAUAUCCUACAAGUCCGCCGAGAGGAAGAAGCUGCAGGACGCCGGGUACGUCAUCGUUGGCAACAUCGGCGACCAGUGGAGCGACCUCCUUGGCGCGCCAGAGGGAGCUCGUACCUUCAAGCUGCCUGACCCCCUGUACUACAUCGGCUAAGCCUGCGGCCAUUGAUUGCUCGAAUGCUCGUGGUCCACGAAUAAGCUCCAUGCUCUUAAUAAUUAUCUGCAUGCUGGAUGCAUCAAUAAUAAGCCUCUGUGUUGUUCUUGCUUGGUUGGUUUACUUAGUUCAUAUCAAUUGCCACUACUACAUUGGCUACAGCUUUUCUUUUCUUUGGCAAUCCACGGGAUAUUGUUGCUUGAUGUGUUGUUAUCCAUCAUAAUUUCGUUCUUGUACAA